GGGAGCGUGAUUUGCUCAAAUCAAUCCGCUGCUGUGUCUCUGAACCGACACUUUCAAGACUCUCUUCGAUUUCCACGUGCCCCACUGUCUCUCUUUCUCUCUCUGCACUUCAAUCUGGCAUUUUGUUCCCUUUGUUCUGCUGAUUUCGAGUCUACUUCGCUGGCUUGCUUUCUGCUUCUUUACAUUGCACUUGAAUUGCUGAACUUCUCGCCGUAAAGGGGAGAGAGGCCUAGCGAAUGUUCUGAGGGGAGGAUGUUUAAGUUUAAUUUCUUGAACAGGAAAUAUGUGAGGAAGAUUCUCAAGCGCAAGGACAGUGAUGCCGGCGAGAAAGGAAGAGCACUGGAAGAAUUGCGUGGUUCUUUGUUUAGCAAAUUUCGUUUAUAUGGAAGUUCAAGGCGGCAACAACCAUUAUGGGGACCCACUGCUGCUCUUACCUUCAACUUUUUGGUUUCAGUGAGCAUUAUUUUGAUGAACAAGUUGGUGCUUGGCCAAGUUGGGUUCAACUACCCUAUCUUCCUCACUUUUAUUCAUUACAUAUGUAGCUGGUUGUUAAUGGCUAUACUAAAAGCUUUAUCAGUCCUCCCCAUAUCUCCUCCAUCGAAGUCAACCAAAUAUUCCUCGUUAUUGACUCUUGGUAUUGUCAUGUCUCUCUCUACUGGCCUUGCUAAUGUUAGCUUAAAGUAUAAUAGUGUUGGCUUUUAUCAGAUGGCUAAGAUUGCUGUAACACCAACAAUUGUUUUAGCAGAACUGGUUCUCUUCCGUAAAAGGGUUUCUUUCCAGAAGGUUCUUGCACUUACUGUUGUAUCCAUUGGUGUAGCUGUUGCUACAGUAACUGAUAUGCAGUUCAACUUGUUUGGUGCUUGUAUAGCAGUGGCAUGGAUAAUACCCAGUGCUGUCAAUAAGAUAUUGUGGUCCAAUCUUCAACAACAGGAGAACUGGACAGCCUUGGCGCUAAUGUGGAAGACUACUCCAAUCACUUUGUUCUUUCUAGUGACUUUGAUGCCAUGGCUGGAUCCUCCGGGCAUUUUUCAUUACAAUUGGAGCUUCUAUAACUCAGCAACUAUUGGCAUUUCUGCUCUCCUUGGCUUUUUGCUGCAGUGGUCUGGUGCUCUGGCUCUUGGGGCAACUUCUGCCACCACCCAUGUCGUUCUCGGACAGUUCAAAACUUGUGCCAUUCUGCUUGGAGGUUUUGUUCUAUUUGGAUCGAAUCCAGGAGCAACUAGCAUAUACGGAGCAGUAACUGCCCUCGUUGGCAUGUCCUUGUACACUUACCUCAACUUACAUCCGCAGCAGCCAUCGAUGAAAACAACUUCCAGACAAGGUUCGUACUUGUUGCCAAAAUCGAAACUCGGCAAAGAAAGUGGGCAGAGUGACGAGGGAAAUUGUAGCGAGGAACGUGUCUAGUGCUUCAUCCGGAUGCAGGAAGAGGAAGCGCAGCAGCAUACACAAGAUGGAUGGUGCAUGCAUGUGACAGCAGCUCGUCUCAAUUCAAACAAAAUUAGGGCUGAGAAGGAGACAUGUUUUGUAUCCUGUCCUGGCCAUUCUUGCUGCUGCUAGACAGAUGAGUUUGUCAAAUAGUACAUGUAUUACACAUGCAUCUCAUCUAUUCUAUCCCUGUAGAGAAUCUUGGGAUCCGACCGUCCACUGCCACUCCCAGUCUAACGUCACUGUUAGUUUAAUUUUUUAAUUUUUGGAAUUAUCGUCCUUGUAUGGUACUUCGUCGCUUGUGCCCUUGAUUUUGACAAAGAAGGUAAAUUGCAAGUAGAAACUUUUGUCUCGAUGACGAAUCAAACUCAUAAUUUAUUAGUGUGAAUUUCAAUUUAUUAUGGUUUAA